GGACUGAACAAGCUGUCAGCACUGCCAUAACAUGCCUGAGUACCGCUCCUUUCUCCAGUAGGACAGCAGGGAAACAACUGUGUUCUGCUUUGAAAAGAUGACAAAGUGGUUCUGGCUAGUAAGAACUGGGGAAAAAAUACAGGAGGCAGAGCCCGAUGCAUGCCGCUUCAAGUCCAUACACAGCACAGCCAACCAACAAAUGCAAAGAGGAAACACUGGGAGUUUCCUUUUUCUAUAGUUGCCCGCAGAAGUUUGUCUGCCUUUGAGUGGGAGGAGGAAUAGACUGGCUCAUCCAGUGGCCAUGAAGAAAGCACCGUGAGGGAGUUUCCACAAAACCAGAGGAGACAAGUCACGCUGAUUUCAGAGAGGGAAAACUGGGUUGGUGUGCUGUGUCCUGUGUAAUGAGAGAAAAUGUGGGAAGAUGGUUUGACAGAGUAACCUGGAGCAUUCCAGGAGAAUAAACGCCAUUCAUGCAGGAACAAGUGACAAACAGAAUUAGAGGAUGGAGCAGGAAGCGGCAAGAGAAGAGAAGAAAGAAGGCUUGAUUGAGUUUUAUGAUUCCUUCAAGGAUAUGUUUGAGUUCUUCUGUAAGAACACAACAAUCCAUGGCACCAUCCGCCUUGUAUGCUCAGACAGCAAUAGGAUGAAAACAGCUUUUUGGACCCUGCUUUUACUUGCCAGCUUCGGCAUGUUAUACUGGCAAUUUGCACUUAUGUUCAGCCAGUACUGGGCCUACCCUGUUGUCCUGACCAUGUCAAUGCAUUCAGAGCCCAAGAUGUUUCCAGCAAUUACCAUCUGCAAUCUGGACCCAUACAGAUUUGAACUGGUUAGUGAACAUUUGGUUCAACUGGACCACAUGGCAGAGGAAUCAAUCGCUUUUUUGUACGGCGUCAACACAUCCGCCAGCUUAUUCCACAUGAACGAGAUAAACAUCCGCAUAAAAGACUUGUCAAGCACUGGCAACCUCAGCAGAUCUAGCUUCAAGCUGAGCCAAAACUUCUCACUCAUGAGGAUGUCUGACCACAAUAACAGGUCAGGGAAGAAGCUUUCCAGCGUGGGCUUCAGGCUGUGCAAUGCCACAGGUGGGAAUUGCUUCUACAAGACCUAUUCAUCUGGGAUGGAUGCAAUUCUUGAAUGGUACAGGUUUCACUACAUGAAUAUCAUGUCCCAGCUACCAGUUAUAAUCAACAUUUCUGACCAUGAGGAGCAAAUAGAAGAUAUGGUCUACUCCUGUCAGUACGAUGGGGAGCCCUGCAGACCCAGUGACUAUGUUCACUUUCACCACCCAGUCUUUGGAAGCUGCUAUACUUUUAACAGCAAGGGAACAGACUCUUUUUGGACAGCUACAAAACCAGGAAUUCCUUACGGACUUUCCCUUAUCCUGAGAGCAGAGCAGAAGGAUCACAUCCCACUCUUGUCUACAGUCGCGGGUGUGAAAGUGAUGAUACACAACCACAAUCAGACACCAUUCCUUGAGCAUGAAGGCUUUGACAUCAGACCAGGCAUUGCAACUACCAUAGGCAUUCAGCAGGAUGAGGUGAACCGCCUGGGUGGCAAUUAUGGGAAAUGCACAACUAAUGGCAAUGAUGUGAAUGUUAAACUCCUGUACAACAACUCCUACACCCUGCAGGCUUGUUUGCAUUCCUGCUUUCAGCACAUAAUGGUUCGAAAAUGUGGCUGCGGUUAUUACUACUACCCACUGCCUCCUGGUGCUGAAUACUGUGACUACAAUAAGCAGCCUGCAUGGGGUCACUGCUUUUACCAGCUGUACAACAGGCUCAGAAAUCAUCACCUGAAUUGUUUUGACCAGUGCCCCAAGCCUUGCCGGGAAUCACUGUACAAGGUGUCUGCUGGGACAGCUAAAUGGCCAUCAGCGAAGUCUCAGGACUGGAUCCGCCAAGCUCUAAGGCAUCAGAAUGGAUAUAAUUCUACCAGCAACAGGAGGGAUAUUGCCAAGGUGACUAUCUUCUACCAGCAACUGAACUACCAGUCUGUGAACGAGUCUCCUUUACUCUCAGAGAAUCUGCUUCUGUCCAGCAUGGGAAGCCAAUGGAGUCUCUGGUUUGGAUCCUCAGUGUUGUCUGUAGUUGAAAUGUUUGAGCUGCUUAUAGAUACACUAGUCUUGUCUCUGCUCUUCUGCUACCAAAGGUUCAGGUCAAAGAAGACAUUGCAAGUAGCUCACGCUCCUACCAUCCCCAGCGUGAGCUUGACCCUAGAAAACUACCGAGUUGUGCAAGAAGAAGCUGGAAAAGGUGAUGAUUCUGCUCAUACUCACCCUUCUGGAGUGACUAUUGCCAUGGGCAACAACAGUGACCUGCAUCUUCACCCACUCUCCAGCAAGGUGGAAAUGCCCGAGCUUUGCCCAGAUGUGGUGCUUAAUGGAUUUAGAUACACGAAGGACAGCUCUUCGGAAGGGGAACCAGAUAGCUAAGGAUGUGUUUGUGUGCACAGAGAAGUGGGAGACUUGAAACUCCUCUAAUGCUCAGGUGCUGUCAGAAAGAUUGCAAACAGAAGCAUUCUGGAUCCACGAUCUCUGAGCACCUAAACGCCACACUGCUGAGCUUGGCAAUCUUCCUCCAGCUAUUACAAGUUCAUUAUUAAACCAUCCGUGUGUCCUGGAUUCAGGCAUCAUGCAAUGUUCUUUUGUUCCUAAUGAGUAGCUGGGGAGGGGAGAACUGUACUUCUACUCUCUGGGACAGUCGUCUCGAGUCCUCAUAAAAGCCUAUUCAUAGCUUUUAAAUUUUAAACCCUCGUGAGGAAAUCAGCCUGUGGCUUCGGACUGGCCCAUCUACAUUUCACAAACGUACUCAAGAGAAAAGUCAGCCUGCCUGUUAAUGGAAAGAUUUCCAAUGGAGGCUAAGGAGUGUGUGCUCGUAUCAGUCAGUGUUGUCUUGAGGAUAACAGAGCAUGUAAUAAUAACAAGAGGUGGCUCUGAUUACAGCUUUGCUUCCAAGACACCUCGCUGUCCUUAACCUAUUACUGUUGCAUUUUGAGGACAGUGCACAGAAUACUGCUGCUUAGAUGCUUUUAGACUUAACCCAGAUUAUUUCAAAUGAGACUUACUACCUUAGAGGAAAGGAAAGAGAAGAAAUGGGGUUGAUAACUUUUUUAUGCCACAGACGAAGCAUCUGAUUUAUUUAGAAGAUUAAAACAUUGCUGCAUUUUUGUUGCAGUCCAUUUAUAAAUAGAGAUGUUUUAAUGUUAAUAUUUGACAGUAACUUAUGUGUACAUAAAAUAACACAUUUAUUUUUGAUGAAGAUGUUUGCAC